UGUCCGAGAUCGGCGUACGCCGAAAUGCGCCGGUCAUAUGACCGGCGUAAAACGGCGAAUUUGCAAAUCAAGUAAACCGGCGUAAAAAGUGUAAAAACAAAGAUGGAGGAACUCGUUGACGGCGUUGUCGUUACAGCUGUUGUAACAAUAGUUACAGAUAUUUUGAGCGAUGAUGAAGAAGAUGAUUAUAUUGAAACAUCUUUUUUUGAGAUAUAUGGGCUAUCAACAGGAUUUAGAGAAGAUAGGAUAAAAUCUCUAGAGUAUUUCGAAUACACGAUUCCGAGAUACCUGCCGGAUUCAUUUAAGCAGUUCUUUAAAGUGUCCCAUGAGACGUUAGAAGUACUUUGUGAAUCAUUAUCUUAGUAUCCAGGUGUUGCCAGAGGCAUAUCCCAGGGGAAGAGAACACAUACCAUUGCAAAAAAAGUAUUGAUGACUGUCAGAUACCUAGUUUCUCAAGAAACUGUAAAAGAAUUAAGUGAUAGGUUUGGUGUAACUGGACAUAGCUUUUUACGAUGCAAAAGACAAGUAAUACAAACAAUGUGUGAUCACCUUCUAUGCAAAUUUAUUACAUGGCCAAAGCAUGAAGAAUUCAGAGAUAUAUGUACAAGAUUUGAUGAGAUGGGAAGGUAUAACUUUCCAGAUAUACUUGGAGCAGUAGAUGGGAGCCACAUUCCAAUUCAGUCUCCUAUUCAAAACCCCAAAUCUUAUUUUAAUCGGAAACAAUUUCAUUCUAUUGUACUUCAAGGUGUUUGUAUAGAUGAUCUUAGAUUUAUUGAUGUGAAUGUAGGAUGGCCAGGUCGAGUCCAUGACGCUAAGGUCCUCCGAAACUCAUCAUUAUGGGAAGAAGGAUUUCAAAACUGUGACAAUGGGAACUACCACCUAGUUGGAGAUGGAGCAUACCCAUUAAAAGAAUGGCUUCUGACUCCAUACAGAGAUAAUGGCCAUCUCUCACAACAACAGACACAGUUUAACAUGGCACUCUCAUCAAAGCUACAAGUCAUUGAGAGAGCAUUCGGUUUGCUGAAAGGGAGAUUCAGGACACUAAAGUUUAUCAAUAUGAAAUCGAUCAAAGAGGUUUGUCAGACUGUUGUUGCUGCGUGUAUUUUGCACAACGUAUGUAUCAUUGAACAUGACUUGUUGGAGGACUUAAUAAAUGAAAAUGAACAUGAUGUUAUUCUAGAAGAAAAUGAUGGAAAUGCAUUGUUAGAGAAUGAUGCACGCGGUCUACAAAAGAGAAUCAACAUUACAAAUAGAAUGUAAUUUGGAUUUGCAUUAUGUAUUAUGAGUAUAAUUCAAAAGAAUUUUCUCUUUUGCUAGCUUAUUGAGUAAAAUUCAUUUUUUGUGAAUUUUUUUUUCUUCUGACAGAAGCUGUACUAUAGC